CUUCGCAAAAUCCCAACUGUCCCUCCACCACGAUCUACCCUGAAGGCCUGCAAGGACCCCGUGAAGGUCAUAUACAAUGACCAACUAAAAGAGCUUGAUCCGACCGGUGCGCGGACUCGACUGUUCUCGAAACAGAACGCCGAACGCGUACAGCCCGGCGAUAUAUUACUUGUCCGCACCAAAGAUGGCGACGACUUUUCUGGAGUGUGUUUGGUCGUCAGACAAAGAAACAGCCCCAUAGAUACAGCAAUACUGUUACGCAAUCACCUGACCAAGAUAGGUGUGGAGAUGUGGUUUAAGGUGUACAGUCCGAAUGUCGAGGGAAUUGAGAUUGUGCAGAGGAAGGAGAAGAGGGCGAGGAGGGCGAAGUUGUACUACAUGCGACAGCCUCGACAUGACAUGGGAAGUGUUGAGAAUAUCGUGAGAGCAUAUCAGAGGGCAAAAGGC